AUGCCGCCCAAGAAAGUACAAAUCCAAGUGGAGGAAAAUGAAGAUGAUACCGAGGAAAGUUCAAGUGAAGAGGAAUCAGAGGAUGAAGAUAAAUUACCUCGAAGAGAGAGCAUGAGACCUAAGAGGAAACGGACCAGAGAUGUUAUUAAAGAGGAAGAUCUACCAGCUGAACCAGAAGAUGAAGAAACAAGGAAGGCCAGAGAAAAAGAGAGAAAGAAGAAGUUGAGGAGGGGAGCGGAUGACGAUGAUGAACUUGAUGAAGCGGAAUUGGAAAGAUUGAAGGCAGAGUUAGAUGAGCAAAGACAAAUGAUUGCUAAUGUCAAAUGCAAGCCUUGGAAAAUGGAGAAGAAAAUUGAAGUUCUCAAGGAAGCAAAGAAAUUUGUGAGUGAGAAUGAAGGAGCUCUUGGGAAAGGAAAAGGAAAGCGGUGGUUUGCAUUUAAGAUGAUGAUGGCCAAGAAAUGGGUCAAAUUUCUCCGCGAUUUUGAGAACUUUAAAGCUGCUUGUGUCCCAUGGGAAAAUAAAAUCAAAGCAAUUGAAAGUCAGUUUGGCUCAUCGGUGGCUUCAUACUUCCUCUUCAUGAGAUGGAUGUAUGGAGUAAAUAUGGUUCUCUUCGUUCUGACAUUUAGCCUCAUCAUGUUGCCAGAGUACCUCUGGGGUUUGCCAUAUGGCAGUUUACCUAGAAAGACGGUUCCCAGAGCUGAAGAGGCGUCGGCAGCGAACUUUGGUGUGUUGUACGACUUCAACGGCUUGGCGCAGUAUUCUGUCCUCUUUUACGGCUAUUACGACAAUCAACGAACGAUUGGAUGGAUGAAUUUCAGGUUGCCGCUCUCCUAUUUUCUGGUGGGGAUCAGCUGCAUCGGAUACAGCUUUGUGGUUGUCCUUAGAGAAAUGACCCAAAAUAUUGGUGACGAUGGGGGUGGUGAUGACAACACCUUUAACUUCAGCUGGAAGGUGUUCUGCAGCUGGGACUACCUGAUUGGCAAUCCAGAAACAGCAGACAACAAAUUCAAUUCUAUCACAAUGAACUUUAAGGAAGCUAUAAUUGAAGAAAGAGCGGCCCAAGUGGAAGAAAACGUCCACUUGAUCAGAUUCCUGAGGUUUCUCGCUAACUUCUUCGUGUUUCUAACACUUGCCGCGAGUGGAUACCUCAUCUUUUGGGCUGUGAAGAGAUCCCAGGAAUUUGCACAGCAAGAUCCCGACACCCUCGGGUGGUGGGAAAAAAACGAAAUGAAUAUGGUCAUGUCCCUCCUGGGGAUGUUCUGUCCAACAUUGUUUGACUUGUUUGCUGAAUUGGAAGACUACCAUCCCCUCAUUGCUCUAAAAUGGCUACUGAUACGCAUUUUUGCUCUUCUUUUGGGCAACUUGUAUGUAUUUAUUCUUGCCUUGUUGGAUGAGAUCAACAACAAGAUUGAAGAGGAAAAGCUAGUAAGGGUCAAUAUUACCCUGUGGGAAGCCAACAUGAUCAAGGCCUACAAUGCAACACUCACUGGAAACAGCACUGGGGCACCCUUUUUUGUGCACCCUGCAGAUGUACCUCGAGGACCCUGCUGGGAAACAAUGGUGGGACAGGAAUUUGUACGGCUGACUGUUUCUGAUGUUUUGACCACUUAUGUCACAAUCCUUAUUGGCGACUUUCUCCGGGCAUGUUUUGUAAGAUUUUGCAAUUACUGCUGGUGCUGGGAUUUAGAAUAUGGAUAUCCUUCAUACACCGAAUUUGACAUCAGUGGCAAUGUCCUCGCUCUGAUCUUCAAUCAAGGCAUGAUCUGGAUGGGCUCUUUCUUUGCUCCCAGCCUCCCAGGCAUCAAUAUCCUUCGACUCCACACAUCCAUGUACUUCCAGGGCUGGGCCGUGAUGUGUUGCAACGUCCCCGAGGCCAGAGUCUUCAAAGCUUCCAGAAAGAAUAAUUUCUACCUGGGCAUGCUCUUGCUCAUCCUCUUCCUGUCCACCAUGCCCGUCCUGUACAUGAUCGUCUCCCUCCCGCCAUCUUUUGACUGUGGCCCCUUCAGUGGCAAAAAUAGGAUGUUUGAAGUCAUUGGCGAAACACUGGAGCAUGAUUUCCCAAGCUGGAUGGCGAAGAUCUUGAGACAGCUCUCUAAUCCUGGACUGGUCAUCGCUGUGGUUUUGGUGAUGGUUUUGACCAUCUAUUAUCUGAAUGCUACCGCAAAGGGCCAGAAGGCAGCCAACCUGGAUCUACAAAAGAAGAUGAAACAGCAAGCUCUGGAGAACAAACUGCGAAACAAGAAGAUGGCAGCGGCUCGAGCAGCUGCAGCUGCUGGUGGCCAGUAA